UUUUUUUCUUUUUUAUUUAUUAUAUACAAUGAGAUUCAUUGGUAUUAUUUGCUCUGCUAUUCUGGCUGUAUUGUCUUCUUCUAAAGCGCAGGAAACAAUUGAAUGUUCGUUAGAUCAUGUUCAAAACUAUAGAAACAAUUCAGAUUACUCUGUUAUACUUCAAGAAAUGAUUGAUGAAGCCAGUCGUUUACAAAAUCCUGUCGUUUAUCUUGAUGCUGGUAUUUUUAUAAUUGAUCCUGAAAAUCCUAUUAUAUUACGACCUGGUGUUUCAUUAAGAGGUAGCUUAGAUUUACCCACUAUUAUUUCAGUAAAUGAUAGAAAUAAUACAGGAGCCAUUUUAGUCUAUAAUGAUAAUCAAGGAUGGAGUAUUCAAGAUAUUGUAUUUGAAAAUGUAAACAUUCAAGUAAAAGAGAAUACAAAUGAAAACGAAACUGCAAUUUUUAGUAACUUGUUUUUUAAUGGUGGACGUGGUUCUAUACUAGCACAAAAUGGUGAAAGAUUAUUCAUUGAUGGAAAUAUUUUCCUACGUGAUGAGUUACAUGCUGGUCAAGAGCGCUUACCAACAUUUAAUGGCACAAACGCGGGUAUUAUGUUUCAGGCACAAAAGAAUAGUAUUGUUUCCAAUAACAUUUUUGGAAUGGAUUUACGAAAGAUGGAUAACUUGGAGCAAGUUAUCAGACCACAAUUAGAAAGGCCUUUCCGUAAUCUUCGAUUUAUGCACCAAUGUCUUGGAAGAAAUAUUUCUGAUGAACAAGGCUAUCUUGCCUCUGGAGUUCAACUCUAUAGUACGGUUGAUAUUACAAUUAAAGAAAAUAUUAUGAAUGCUACAUUUCCUGAUACCAAGUUUAUUGCACAAGACCAUGCUGUUAGUGUUGUAGGUAGUAAUCAAACAUAUGUAUAUCAAAACUUUAUUGCAGGCUGGCAAAUAUAUGAUUUUGGAGGUGCUAUUCGAUUUACUUCCGCUGUUGAUGGUUAUGUUAUUUCCAAUUAUCUUGCAAAUACAGGUGUCAUGAUGUAUGUAGCUACACAUGCUGACUUUGAACAAGUCAGUAAUAUUGUAGUACACAAAAACAUGCUUUAUAAAUUCUUUGGACAUGAUGUGGCACCUGUGUCUGAGGAAUUGAAUGGUUGGCUCUAUGAGGGUAUCACCUUCUUUGACUUUUAUACAGCACGUGUAAACAAUACGAUUCUUCCUCCUAUCUGGAAUAGCUCUGUUCCUAUUUCACCCUGGGGAUGGCAUAUUGUGAUCUCUGAUAAUCGAUUUGGUGCAAGUGAAGGGUUAGAUCCAAAUAUCAUCAGUCUUGGUAACCUCGAUCUUGCAGAAGCUUAUGUUGAUCGAAAGAAUUGUUAUGUAACAGAACCUUUUAACGGGAAUACAUCAAGUGCUGUUGUUCCUUUAUUAUGGCGUCAAAGCUUUCAACAGGAUCAAUAUACCAGAUAUGGUGCUAGAAUUCCCCAAGAUACUGCUCAAUAUACAGAUAAUGAUUUAAAUAAUCAAAUACCUGCUCAAUUCCGUAAUCUUUAUAUUCCUAACUUUUGGAGAGCCUUUGUCCUUAAAAACGAUACUAUCCCUAUGCUUGAUCCUGAGAUACCUUGUUAUAUUUAAUUCAAUUCUUCCGAUACUUUCUUGACAAAAAAAAAGAUAAAAUCAAAAAAAAAAAUAACGUUUUUCCUCUCUCUCUCUCUCUUUCCCCACUACACGUAAUUUAUAGAUAGAGGCUUUAUUAUUAUUAUUAUUAUUAUUAUUAUUAUUAU